UUAUAGAUCGCAUUAUUAUUCAGUGUUUUAUAACAGCAUUUUUUGUCUUUUUUAUGCUCCUGAACAUGUCUAAUUUUAAUGAUUCUAAAUCUAACAUCACUCAGACUAUAUCACUGGUGGAUCGAGAUUUGAAAACAUUUUUGUCUGUGUCCUCAAGUGUUAUUUUCCUGUAUGUCAAUGGAGUCAUGAUCUUCACCUUGAGGAAAAAGACUGUUUUUCAGGAGACAUCUCGCUACAUUUUGUUUGGUCACAUGCUUUGGGUGGAUACACUCAAUCUUCUAAUGAGUGUAGUGUUGUUUGUGUGUGCUGUUUGUAGGCUUUUUGUUAUGAAAAUUGCCUGCCUCAUCCUUCUCGUUGCUGCAACAGCUCUCUAUCAGGUCUCUACAUUAAAUCUGGCAUUGAUGUCACUGGAGAGAUAUGUGGCCAUCUGUAUCCCUCUCAGACAUGCAGAAAUCACCACCUACGGAAGAACUAACAUGGCCAUUGGUGUUAUUUGGAUGUUAAGCUGGAUGCAAUCCCUGUCUGAGAUUUUUAUAUUUUAUUCCAAUGAUACAAACAUUGCAAUGAAUUUGUUCUGCUCAAGAACUACUCUCUUCAGACUGCAGAUAUAUAAGAAACUUGAUAUAGCUUUUACAUGUAUAUUUUUUGUCUUAGUGACUUUUGUUAUUAUCUUUACUUAUGCCUCUAUAGCUGUUGUGGCCAAAACAGCCUCCUGUGAUAAAAUGUCUGCCAAAAAAGCCAACAAGACUGUUCUGUUGCAUCUAAUACAGCUGGGUCUCUGUGCUGCAUCCAUCUUAGUUGGAGUUAUCCAAGAAGUCAUUUAUAUUUAUACUGACUAUAUAACUUCAUUGAAUGUGAUGUAUUUUUGCUUUGUAAUGUUUAUGAUUUUUCCAAGAUGUCUAAGCCCUCUAAUAUAUGGCAUGAGAGACCAGGCCUUUAGAUUUUUAUUUAAAUACUACUUUACAUUUGGUCUCAAAAGGAAAAACAGCUGUAAUACAGAGAUACAUUUAGCAGGAGGUGGCUGA